CACAGAUGGCUGUGAGAGAGGCUGAACAUGGCCGCUGGUGAAUCCAGGUGGCUACAGCCGAAUCUGCGGCUGUUUUCUGGUGUGUGCGCAUUUACUGACACAUGUUAUGAGGGAUAUCGCUUCGCCUUCGACACAUCCAGGGGUCCCUGUGAGGCGUGUGAUGCCUUUGCCUUUGACCGUCAGACACAUUGCUUAUGGUGCCAGAGCUGUGACGACUGUCCUUUGGGUGACCGGUGCUAUGAUGGACCCCGUGAUUGGUUCGGUUUUCCUCCACAAAGAGAUGAAUUUGCUUGGGAAACAGAUGAGGACCAGCGUAGACCAGUGACCGCCAUUAUGCGCCAUGCUAACAUGUUCUCUCCGGAGGGAAUGUGGUUAGACUCCGUUCAGAACUCUGUCUAUGAUCUUCCUGGUGGACUCCAGCUGGUCACCCGUGUAUUCACUAUACGUCGUGCUAUCUCCCUGGCCGAAUCAUUUGGGGUUCUUUCCUUCUCAACAAGAGCCCGAAACACCCACAGUUUCCUGCUUACGACCUCCGUCAUGCAACGCACUACUGUGACAUACUAUACCAUUACCUUAGGAGGCUAUGUUCUGUGGAUAACGGAACCAGCAAAACAUCGGGACUGGCACUGUCGCCCUAUCCUGGUUCGCAAAUGUCGCAUGCGUGCCAUAGACUCUGAAGUAAUCUCGAUGCAGGGUACACGUUCCCGCCUAAAAUGGUACAACGCUGUGUGGUUCGCAAUACGGACUGGUCGCCGUAUAUCCGCUCCCUUACCGCAUUGGAUUAAGCGGUUGUCACCUGUUCCAUAGCUCUACCACAUUUAUGCGGACUAUAUUGUUUCAUUUUCGUUUUCGUUCUUUACACAUGUCUCAUAUUUAGCUGCAUGUACAAUCACGACUGAGGAUGACCUUGGUGGUGAUUCCACUGUCGCGCCACUGGCGGGCAGAGUGGGAAUUUUCCCUGGCACUUGACUGUCUCUAGGGUUUUUCGCCCACUCCUAGUUCAUCAAUGUUGUGAUUCGGCACGGUGAGGGUGGGAGUAAUGUCGAUCUGUCGAUCUUUGGCAUUUGAUUUUGAUAUUUGAUUUUGAGUAAUGUCGAUCUGUCGACCUUUGGCAUUUGAUUUUGAUAUUUGAUUUUGAUUUUCUGAUUUGAUUUCCGAUUUGUUUCAUUUGUUUUUAAAUGAAAGUUUCUAUUUUUUUUUGUUCACUUUAUUACACAGAAUAUAAGUAUGUUGUAGUCUUACACUAAAUAUUAUUCAUAAUAUUAUCGCUGAAAUUGAUUACUAACACUGGUUUUAAUAGCCUCCGGGUAUUUAUGGAUACUAGAUUCCUUUCUAUUGAGUUAAUGUUUCAUUUAGACUAGUUUUGUAACUAGAUUUGUAGGUUUCCUGACCAAAUGGACUUUUUGGGAGAUUGUUUAAAUAGUGUACUUGUGAUCAUUUUACUUUUAAUCACCAUGGAUAUUAAGCCAUAAUGGACUUUUUCCUUGGACCAACACAUUCACGUGGAUAUCAACACACGAGUGCCUGGUAAAGUGCUAGUAACCUCUUCCAGGGCUCCAACAAGACCCCCUGCGAUACGCAAAGUAUCUGGGUCAGAAGAAAACAACAUGCGCCAAAGAACUCAAAGACUUUUUACUUUGUUUUACUGCUGCAUUACAUGAUAUGUAUGAUUGAUAAAAGGUUAUCACGGAAGUAAGCGGAAUGUGAGACUAUAAAGUCUCAGAGGGGGGAGUACUGUCAAGAAAAUAAUUUUAAUCAACCUUAUCUAGUGUGUGUUAUAAUCAAACUAACAUUAAUCCAACAACAAUUAACCUAAUAAUCAAAUGUAGAACUUAUUAGAUACUUAAUAGAAGUAGUUAGAUAAAACCUAUUUAAUCUAUAUGUUGAUCAAACCUUUAUUUACACCAAGUAUAAGUAAAACAGUAAUAAUAAAGUAUUUACAUGUGUGAGUA